AUGACAAUUGAAGAUGAGCAGAAGAGGGUAGGUAUCGAAGGUAUCUGUUUGUUACCAAGUGAGAUCAAACUGCUGAGUGAAGCAUAUUUCUUUGAAUUGCCAGCAUCUUCAAACAACGAAUCCAGCUCCACAACCAAACUACUAAAAUAUGGAACGGAAAUAUAUCAAGUCACUGACUAUUGCUUUGGUAAAGGUAGGAAAUACGAGAAAGUUAAGGAUGAGAUCAACGACCGUUAUCAUUACGACGAAGAAGGCAAACCUUUGAGGUCUGCUAUACAUGUUAAUUCAGAGGACAAGACAAAUUAUACAGUCCUACCCAACGCAAAUAUAAAAUAUUUCUCAAAGUAUGAUUUGACCUAUAACUUGAUCGGUUUCAAAUUCAAGGACUGCGUUACUGGAAAAGAAUCGGAAUACUUUAAGCCAACACAUAAGGAAACUACAAAGAAGGAUGAUGAUAGAUAUUUAACACUACGUGACCAUCAAGAUAUGUUGAUUGAUAAUGGGCAUGCAAACUGGAGCCAAAUACCUUCACCUACACUAGAACAUUGCUUGUCAAAUAUCUCCGACCAAAUAGAAGAAGCCGGAGACAAAUAUUAUAAGAUAACGCUUGACAAAAUUCUAAAUUACCUAAAACUCAAGAUAGUUAAUAUUGUGGAGAACUUUCCAAACAGUAUUUCUGUACCGCCAAGCUUAGAUAAAAACGAUUUGAAUGCUUUCAAAAUUUUUAUCGCUUCAAAUAUUCUAGUCUCUCUUGUACCAAAAAUAAUAUUUGUUUCUUUACAGGACGACGACAUCCCAAUAGAAAAAUAUGACAUUUCUGUUAAGCAGGCUUUCCAUGACAUAGAAGUAUUCUAUAAGACUUCGACAGACAAAGAUGCUGAACAAAAGAUACUGCUUGAAGCUGCCACAAACGUUGGUAUGCCAGGCGACUCUGGUCCCAGGCAAAUGGAUAAAAAACCCAAAAAGGUUGUACCCAAAAAGCCAAAGGUUGCUGUCGGAAGAGGUGCUAUAGACGGUUUUUUUAAGAAGAAGUAA